UUAUUAGAAAUUCAUUCGCUGGUCUGCAGCUGCUGCAGGGAGCAUCAUACUGAGUUUCAUUAUCAGUCCUGAUUGCUGAUGAAUUUUACAUUAAAGGCCUGCUAAUGUGGCUGCAUGUGAAUCCUCUGCCUGCAGGUUGGACACCAACUGCUGGAGGAAGCAUGAGAGUCUCUGAAAGCUGAGGGACAUGUACAUACUGAUGUCUCAGGUUCCCAAUUUGAGUGUCUGUGUGUGUAUGUGAAUCCAAGCAGGGGAGGUAUCCAAUACAGGAUAAAAUUAGGCCAGCCAGGCCUUAUAUUGCUGACAGAGCUGGGGUGGCCAAAAAAAGCCUGGAGUGCAAGCCAACAGUGGAAGGAAGAGAGGGGAGCAAGCAGGACCGCCGCUGAAAUGGCCACCAAACUUGUGGAUCUGGUGUAUUGGCGGAACUUGAGGAAGACCGGUGUGGUGUUCACGGGCCUGGUGAUCGGUCUUGCCAGCCUCUUCCAGCUCAGUGCCAUCACCGUGCUCUCCCACAUCCUUCUGGGCAUCAUGUGCCUCACUUUCCCCCUCCGUCUUUACUACAAACUGCUGGAGCUGCUGCGCUGGAACCCCGGCGUCCACCCCUUUCAGUCGUAUCUGGAUUAUGACAGCUCUCUGACGGAUAAGGAGACGGUGAUGGUGGUAGAGGAGGUGGUGCUGCUCAUCGCGUUCGCCGUCACAGAGAUCAAACGGCUUCUUUUCAUCGACAGCUUGGUCGACUCUAUUAAGUUUGCCGUGCUCUUGUAUCUGCUGACCUACGUCGGCGUCCAGAUCAACGGGCUGACUCUGGUGAUAGCUGCUGUGAUUGCUGUUUUCUCUUUUCCUCUGUUGUACAAAAAGCAACAGGUGCGGAUAAGACGGUUGGUCAGAGCGAUCAGAGCUUUUGUAAAGAAGAUCAGAAAUAUGUGCCUCAGCCUGUAUGCAUCAGUGAGACCCUCUGAGGCCCCUGAACCUGCCCCUAAGCCUGCACUUGCUGCCGCCCCCAAACAGAAAGCCAAGUCGAAGUAACUUGUCGGUCGUGUGUUCGAAAGCGCCCAGGAUCUGGGAUUUGGAAAAUGUUGGAAUGGUACAUCCUCUGUGGGGCCGCUGGAGGGGCAGCUCAUUUCCAUUUCUCCACCAUGAUGUUUGUUUAUGGGAGCAAGAUUUAAUUGAUCCUGACAGCUGAAACAAAGCUGCCAUUCACUGGAGGAGAGGCGGGGGAAUUUUAUUUACUGAGAUGCUCUCUGUGGGCAGUGUUUAAUAUAACCAGUUCACACAGUCAUCUUCUGCAAGUAGGGCCGGCGCAGAAUAUCACUGUUUGUUCUUCGAUAACAAGUCUAUUUUUACAUAACUAGUGAGCACUGUGUUCCUGUUGAACUGCAGAAUUAUUCAUCACCUAAAACUGAAGCAUUAUCGCUGCUUUCAUUAUUUAGCAUCCUUCAGUGUUGGCUGCUUAGAAUAAAACUGACAUGAACAUCAUUUUCCAUUAAUCGGCAUUAAUAGUGCUGUUCAAGUAUAAGGAAACGCUUUCUAAGCAGCAGCGACUUACAACUUUUAUGAGGCUCAUAGGAGAAAUAAUGAGAGCAUUGUCCUCUGCUCUUCAUGUUAAUCGCAUUUAAUUAGGAACAAACAGUGACUUCAUAAUGCUCUUAGAGCAGUUUGCUGAUUAAAAGUACAAAGAGUAACAAUAAAAUGACGCUUAACAAGUCAGAGGAACCUUGAUUGUCCUCAGCAAUCCACCAGAAUUAUGACUGAUUAAUGGACUGGAGACACAUUUUUUUAAUUUGUAGAUAAGAGUCUUUGCUUCUGCUUUAACAGUUUAGCCGUUAAUUUAAACCUACAGUAACAUUUUUGGCCACUAGGCAGCAGUGGUGACAAGCUGAUUACUAAUGCUGGUAUAGACUGUAUAUAAAGGGCGGUUGUAGUGACUGUGGCAUUUCCAGUUGGUUUUUGAAGACUCAAGCAGCCUGUCAAUCACAAGGAAGCCACACCUUGAAGUACUCUGCUUUACUGUCGAUUUUUCUCUAAACGGGACCAUAAUGUACAAAAUUAACAUCAUGCUGUAUUGAAGAAGACAUGAAACUAGCGACUGACGUCCAAUAUGAGUGGUGACUGGUUUAGAGAAAUACAAGCCAAAGUGCUUUUCCCCCUAUAACGGGAUGAUAAUGAGAUGCAGCACAGACAGGUCUGGCUCUGUGAGACUACUUUAGCAUUGGUUUCACUCUUCAAACACAGAGGCUACAUCCAUAUUUUAUAUGCAGUCUGACUGAUAUAUCACCAAAUUUAUAAUUUAAUAUGGAACAUUUUUAAGCAAACAGAUGCCUAUUUUUACAUCCAGUAAGAAAGAGAAGACAUUAACAUUCAUUUGUGGCUAUCUAGUCAAUGUUAGUGCAAUAGUUUCUCAUUUUUAGCUCUGUUUUUGGUCUCCACCAGCACAGAAACAUCAGGCUCUAGCUGCUAAAUGCUCUAUUAGCUUUGCCAGCUUGUAGCUAACUUUGAUUCUCUGGUGUUUGGUGCUGCGUGGGUAGUGUGGAAUUUCACGUUUUUGUAACAUUUUAGUUGAAAACGACUGUUUGCUACGCCUGAACACGAUAAAGCUGCAGGUUGAAAAACACACAAAAAAAUAGCUAAAAUAUGAUAAGCUGCUCUGUAGAGCAGCAGAUUAGGUUUGUGAUCCGUUAUUAUUGUUCUAAAUUGCCGAGUAUAGCCAAAAGAACAAGAGAAACAUUUGAACUUGUCAUCGUGUUUGCAUUAAUUUGCUCUUCCAUUUGUCCCAGUUUUCUUCUCUUAGCUCUCUUUUUUUUCCUCUUAGUUCUAACUCACUAAACUUACUACAUAAUUAACCAUUCUAAUAAGAACACAGCACCUCCACUCAGCUGGAUAACUGUGUGAACUAGAUACAUCAUAAACUGCCUUCAGAAGACAUUUCAGUGAAUACAACUCUAUUAUACUCCUUGUAAGACAUUCACUGUUACUGUCAGACAUUAGACAAAAAGCCAGAUAGGGGGUCAGGGGAGUCAUCUGGUGAGGACGUGUCUCGCUUAAAAAAAAAACAAAAACAAGCAGAUAAAGCAACAUGCUGCUGACAGGUCAUGAAGAGAAAAGAGCUUGAGGGGCAGUUUGACAAUGAGGUGGAGGUCACUGGUAAAUACAAAGAUAUCCACUUAAAGAAGACAUUAAAUUCCAUUCCUAUUCCACCUCCAGGGCAGGAAUAUCAUGGAAAUACCAACAUGCUGAAGUUACAGUAAUGGCAUCAAGAACUUUCCCUUUGAGAUACUUGUCAGUUGUGGUCAUUUAAUACUUCCAGUGAGGAUCUGUUGGUUGCACAACUCCGUGUCAGCAUUUUCCAAAUCGGCCAAACAAUUCAAGAAUGUGGUUGAAGGUUGUUUCCAAAAAUAACCGACGAAUCUCCAUAAAAUUACCCAGAGCACCUCAUUAAGCAAAAACAAACUUUCACUGCAGUGCAACAGGAAGUGUUCUCAUCGUUUACCAACAGCGCUGAAGAACACUUAUAGACUGAGUUUACGAUGAACCUUUAACCUCAGAAAGAACACUUCAGUUGUGAUCUGGCAUGGAGAGAUGCUCUUGUUAACUUGCAGUGUGCCAUCUGUACAUUUUUACUCUUAGCAAACCGUAACAUCAACUGAAAGACCAACAAGGGAACAGGAGAAAAUAACGGUUACAUGAGGAUGAAGAGACAAAAAUUGUGGGCAACUUUUCCUUUAUUGUGACAACUAGCUGCUAAACCUGAGCCAGUAAACUGUGAGAAAGUUAUUUCAGUGCAGCUGUUUAGCCUCCUGUUAGCAUGUCAGAUCAAUGUCCUCUGUUUGAGAUCUUAAAAUGAUGCUGCACUCAUACUAACAUGUCUUAAUGAACUGAAGUGUUACAUAUAUAUAAAAGAUGGUUUCUUACCUGCAUCUGGUGAUGUUGCAUUGGUUACCUACAUCUUCAGACAGUUCUGCUUCUUCUGUCUAUGUAUUAUUUCUGUUUGCUGCUGGAUUUAUCUCUUUAACAUGUCCAUUUUCUAUGCUCUCAGUGCAACAAACAAAUUUCCAUUCGUCCAAAAAUCCAUUCACCUCCUUCAUCAUACAGGGAAGGCAGCAAAACUUGGACAUGCAAAACAAAAACUAUCUGCUGGAUUUAAAACAAACAAAACAACUCUCAACCAUUUAGGGAUGCACCAGUGCAACAGCUUGCUGUGGUACCAUCUGAUGCCACUUUGUACAAUUACAAUCAGCACAACAUCAGUUUUACUGCCUGUUUUUGGCUGUUAUCUUAUUUUUCUAGACGUCUUUUAAUCUUAAUGCAACUGCCAAAUGCACAACAACAUAAAAAACAUUAUUAUAGUCUUGCCAAAGCUGGGCUUCAACCAUUACAGUUGUCAUUUUUAUAUUUUGUUUUAGGUUUACUCAGAUUUCUAGAGGUUUUUAUUGUUUUUAUUGUUGUUUCCUAUUGUAAGUUUGCUCCCCAAUUAAAAAAAAAAAUUACUACAAAGCAAAGUGAGAUUGUUUGUACCCCAAUACAGUAUCUUUACUUUCAUGAUUUGUUGCCUAUGACCUGUCACAGCAGGUAAUCCAACAUCCAUCCAUCCAUUCUCUAUACACCACUUAAUCCUAUCCCAGCUGACUUAGGAUGAAGGGAGGGGACAUCUGGACAGGUCACCAGUCUAUCACAGGGUACAUAUAGAGACAAGCAAACACGUUCACAUUCACACCUACUGACAAUUUAGAACCAACCAGUUAACCGCAGUAUGCUUUAG